AUGGUGAAAGCGGAUGUCCGGAGGGACUACUAUGCGGACCUGGGUCUGCAAACUAAUGCGGAGGCGGAGGACAUCAAAAAACAGUUCAGGAGGUUAGCUCUCAAAUACCAUCCCGAUAGGAAUCAAGGGCGUGAACAAGAGGUCAUUGCCAAGUUCCAGGCCAUCCAGGCGGCGCACGAGAUCCUCAGUGACUCUCAGCAACGGUUGAAGUACGAUACAGAACGACUACGCGCAGGAUAUGGUAAAGUCUAUGGACCAUCCAAGACUGCCUCGCGCAAGACCCAGCCGAGUUACUCCCAGAGCUAUUCCACGGCCGCUCCUCCCAAAUCACAAGGUUCGCACCACUUCGCCUCUUACGGAGGUCCUCCGCCAGGCUCAAAUCCUUCGGAUGACCCCGAUUUGCCUACUUGGAAUGCCUCAACGUCUAACAAGUCACAAGCUCCGAAAACUUCUUCUAGUAGUCGAUCGCAAGGCGCGUCUCAUGGACCUUCAGCUGGCGCUGCACGGUAUGCGACUCAUGCACGGGCGGGACCGCAACAAUGGCAGAAGCCACAGGACGAAGCUCAGACAAGAGCGGAUGCGUUCAAGGGCUUCCACAAUAUGAGAGGUCAAAAUUGGCGUGGUUUUGAUCCUACAUCAGGCGCUACGCCAAGGCAGCAGAAUGCUCCUUUUGGUACCCCGAAACCCAAGUCCGCGUAUGAGUAUUUCAAGGAGAAUGUCCAGACCAAGAACUCCGCAAAUUCGAAUACAACUCCACCAAAGAAGAAACAUGGCUAUGCGCCGGGAACCGCUGCUGGAGAUGAGCCCAUGGCUGCGAAUACUAGUGCUUAUACCAGCACCCGAAGCGAGCGCCCAAGUACCAUGUAUUUUGAUUCUGCACCACCGCCUACAGCCAAGAAACCAACGAGGCCUGUGUCUCCAAAUUGGCAGUCCGAAUCAGCAUCACCCCCGUCUCCGCCAUUGGCACAAGAAUUCGAGCGAACUAGUAGGAGUUAUGCCACGACAGGAGGUGAGAAGACCUUCUUCGCAGGCCCUAGUUUGGGACGGUCAUCGACCAUGCGUACCCCAACGUCUUCUUACCGAGCAUCGAAUCCCCGCACCAACCCGUCAAGCCCUGAUCCUGCUCAGUCGGAGAGACAUCGCAGCGCCAGCCCGAAAACCAGACGCGACCAAUCGUAUUCCUUUUCGUCCACUUCGAGUGACCUGGACGACGAUACUGAAGAAGAAGUGCGUCGACCGAACGCUUUCAAACCCAUGGCUGUACCCAAGAGUCGACUCCGACCCAACCAAAAGUUUGCCGACUUCUAUCGUACGAGAGAAUCUAGCCCCGGAACUGGUGAGGAAGCUUCUGCCCGGCCAAACACCCAUGGUCAUCGACAUUCGUCAUCAUCGCAAGGAACCCGGAAGCCUCGACGGGACCCGACCUGUAUUGACUUGACGGCUGACAGUGACGAUAACAAAGGCCACAACUCAGAUAGCGCUGCGUUUGCGAAAGGACAAUAUCAUCCCCAGCAGCAGGGCUCGAACUCGAGUAUCAACUCCGCUCAGGAUAAGUCAGAACGCACUGCAUCCGCUCGCCAUAAUGCCAGUAAUCUUCAUAAGAAGUUUUCCGCUGAAGAUUGGCGGGUACAUCUCGAUGAAUUCGUCUUCCUCGGCGCCUCUGCGAAAGACCGUGCGAAUACGAAUGCCCGACCACGGGCUACCACGCGUGUUAGCCCAACACAGUCAUCAACACCAGCGGGCUUUGCUGGUUUGAACGCAUUUAACCCUAGAGCGGGCUCUGAACCACAGUCCCAGCAAGCACCUACGCCUUUUGCACAGGCCAAGUUCUCUGCGGACAAGUGGUCCAAGGACCUUCACAAUAUAUCCUGGACGGCUGCGGAAAGGCCAGGACAAUCGGACAACGCAUCUUCCUCCCGAAGCCCUAAGAAGGCGUCGCGGUCAGGUACUAAAGUUCGAAGCACACCGAAGCCCGCCAGGGUGGCGAGCGAAGUCGAGGAAACCGAGGACACUGUGAGCGGGGACAGUCUUCCCGGGCAUACCUCAUCAAUGCCUGUCGGUGAAGAGCCCAUGGACCUUGACGACGACUCACCGUCCAUACCACCCACAACUACGCCUAUGCCACCAAAUAUACCAACUGGUAGCACAAGAACUGCCAAAUACCCCGAUCUAUCUGCGCAUACUGUACCGGGGGCUUCGCACAGACCUCCGCCGCCUCUACGAAAAGAACGUGCCCCAUCUCAAAAUGGUGUACGAUCUCCACUCUUUGAUCUCGGGAACUUUGGAAACACUGCACCCUUUACCAGCACCAACAGCAGCGGCAUUGAGAAUCUCGGAGACGUCUCUGCCACGCUGCCUUUCGAGUCAAGGGCAAAAGUUCAGACCACCACCAGGGACGAUAUUCGCCCGAGGGAUCUCCAAUUGCCAAACCCUCCCAGACGACCUACGGCACCAGCCCCGAUCCCCAUUGCGCCGGGGUCGCAUAGGUCAGUUCUAUCUCGCGAGAAAUGGAACUGGUAUGUAUCCGCGAUGGGUACCUACAUGCACGAGUGGAACACCUUCAAUCGCCGCAUGCUCCUCCACUUCAAUACCCGACAGGACGCCAUUGAGACAGGCCUUGCUCCCGGUUGGAUCAGCGCCGUUGGCGAUACAACCCGAUUGAGGAUGAACGGGGUUGAUGAAUAUGGGAAUGGUGACCAGAACGGGGCUCGAGAUGAUCCCGAAUCUACUGAGCUUGAUGAGUACCUUGUCCCAGGUAGUGGCAAGGGUGGUUUCAGUGCUUACCUGCGUGGCAUUGAGGAGGAUACAAGAGUACGCAAGCAUUGGGAGGUGGCUUGUGAGUUGCAUCGUGAUUGUAUUCUAGAGCUUGGGCGGUUACGGGAAUGGAUUCGCAAUGGGGGCAAGGUGGCCUGA